ACUGUUGCCCAGCUUCCUGGGCGUACAGAUAAUGAAAUAAAAAACUACUGGAACACCCGCAUCAAGAGGCGAUCGCGAGCUGGUUUGCCACUAUACCCGACUAAGGUCAGCUUUCAAACUUCAAAUGAUGAUCAACCGAUUCAGAGUUCCAGUGAGCUCAGCAGUAGUGACCAACAGAACAUUGAAGUUUUAACUGAAACUAUAAAUGGAACUCCAGAAUUUAGAUAUCGUCCUUACAAAGCUAAUCCUGCACCAGUAUCUUAUCCACCACUUUUUCCAGACAAUCCUGUUACAGGCAUCCCAAGGCAUGGUCUUGGUUAUUAUACUCGCAGCUUCCUAAAUUCUGGAGGGAAUCAUGUCAAGCUGGCCUGGGAAUCUGAAACCUGCUCUCCAGUCUACCAUCUUCUCCAUAGCAGUAUGAUUCCUGCAUUUGAGUUGUCGAAUAUGAAUGCUGAAACAAAUCAUUUGAACUCCGGGUUAGUUUAUCCCUACGACCCCGAUCCUGAGUGCAAGAACCUGGCACCUUUCAUUUGCUCGGUACCCGGCAACCCUGCCUUAUCAAAUGGCAACUUAUCCUCUUCAAGGCUCCUUCCAGGGGCUGUGAAGAUGGAGCUCCCUUCACUCCAAUAUCCAGAACCUGAUUAUAUUGACUGGAACACGUCUUCUUUGUUUGCAUCCUCAUCUGAUGCAGUUGAUACUUACAUCCAGUCUCCUGAAAAUAUCUCAGUGCAGUCCGACUGUGCUUCACCAAGAAACAAAGGUUUAUUACAAGAUUUGGUUCUGGAAUCACAGGCAAUAAGCACUGGGAAGAAACAAUCAUUUGAGACAAGCCUCGAUCAUGCCGUAGCUUCCAUGACGGGAACAACUGCAGUCAAAUGGGAAGAAGAGAUUAGGGACCCAACCUCCCCCUUUUGUCUAUCAGCUGUUUCUCUUUUCAAUGAGUGCAACCCAACCAUUACAACCACAUUUAAUGAAAGAUCAACUUGUGAAACACCUACGGGUUCAGAGGCAACAAUGCUGGGUGAGGAACAGGACAAAUAUGCUCCAAAUUUGCCUGAUUUCCUGAGACCUGAUGUUCUACUGGGAUCAGGUUGGUUUAUUGGAAAUUCUCGAAACACCAGUGAAUUUAUAGCUGCACCUUCGGGCGAGAGCUUGCGCGAAGAACGUGUACUUCUACCUGCUGGACUAUCAUCUACGGUUUCACUGGAGUCCUAUCCAUGGACUAACAUGCCUCCAGUCUGCCAAAUGUCCGAACAUUAGUAACCUUGAUUAACCACUGAAAGACACUUAUUGUCAGCUAUUGGUUAAUUAAAAUUUGUCUUGACCGUCGACAGUGGAUCUUUGAGGUUGUUGUUGCUGUUUGUUUGCAGCUUCAUGUAUCGUAGGCUGUCAUUGCUGCUGCAAGCAACGAUGGAUGAAUGGAAACAAACUAUGUUAUAUGGUUUGUGUAUAGUUGAUCGUUUUCUUUGGUUUACAUCUUCCUGUUUUCCUUUUGGUGAAUAAGUGUCAUACGCUUAAAUCUUUCUUAGUUGGGUAUCUAAUACUCUUUAUCUUAUAAA